AUUUUAGCUGUGUAGCGGCUAACUUGACGCCAAAAAUCUCUGGUUAGCAUUUUUAGGCUAUGAGGUUAGCAGGCGAGUUGUGUCUCUGCUGUGUGUUGCGAUGGCAGCUCAACCUAAAUAUUAGCACUAAUGCUAAAGUAAAACAAUGCAGAGUGAUUCAUUAAUCCGCUAAUAGUUCAGUUUAAGGGCCGUGCUAAUUAUUAGCCAGCUAACGGCUAGGUGUUAGCAUCGCUCCCAACAACAGCAACAACAACAACAACAACAGUAGCAGCUAGCUGUCAGCAGUUUCACCGCAGAAACGUCCUUUUAAAAUAAAUCCAGAUGGAAACAAACGCGCCGAAGCGAAGAGACAAUAAGAAAUCACUGCGUGUGAAAGUGAUCAGCCUCGGAAAUGCCGAGGUCGGAAAGAGCUGCAUUAUCAAACGCUACUGUGAGAAGAGGUUUGUUCCCAAGUAUUUGGCCACUAUUGGCAUCGACUAUGGCGUCACCAAAGUGCAGGUUCGCGAUAGAGAAAUCAAAGUGAACAUCUUCGACAUGGCCGGUCAUCCUUUCUUCUACGAAGUGCGUAAUGAGUUCUAUAAGGACAGUCAGGGGGUGCUGCUGGUUUAUGACGUCGGCCUCAGGGAGAGUUUCGACGCCCUCGACAGCUGGCUCGGCGAGAUGAAACAGGAAAUGGGCUCUCAGGCCAACAUGGACAGCAUUGUGUUCAUCGUCUGCGCCAACAAGGUGGACCUGACAAAGCGGCGGGUGGUGGACGAGGGGGAGGGGCGUCUGUGGGCUGAGUCCAGAGGUUUUCAUUACUUCGAAACGUCGGCGCAGAGCGGAGAGGGCAUCAACGAGAUGUUUCAGGCGUUCUUCUCGUCCAUCACCGACAUGUGUGAGAACGGCGGGAAGCGCCCGGUGUCUGAGGUCAGCGUCGGCUUCACCAAAGAGCAGGCGGACACCAUCCGACGCAUCCGAAACAGCAAGGACUCCUGGGAUAUGCUGGGCGUCAAACCUGGUGCCACGCGGGAGGAGGUGAACAAGGCGUACAGGAAGUUGGCAGUCCUGCUGCACCCGGACAAAUGCGUUGCACCCGGCAGCGAAGACGCCUUUAAGGCCGUGGUGAACGCCCGCACUUCACUGCUGAAGAACAUUAAAUAACACAAACACACACUCCUGAAAGCUCGCAGAGAGUUUGGACCUCACUCAGACACGGACUGAAGAAUCACAUGAACAGUGUUUAUUUAUUGGAAUAUUUAUUUAACGUAAAGGUCUUGUGUGCCAUGUUGCUCGCCACAGUGCUGUAUGCCAACCCAACGCCUGGUUCAUGACCAGUUUUAACUUAUUUACUACGUUUUAUCUAUAAACCGCUGUGUGUGUGUGUGUGUGUGUGUGUGUGUGUGUGUGUGUGUUAAUGUGAGAGAAAGUAUGGAAGGUGAUUAGGGCCACACGGAGGAAAAAUUUUGUUCUGAGAUUAAAGUCAGAAUUUUAACAUUUGUUAUGAUUAUUGUGAGGAACAAAUGUUUAAAUUUUAAAAGAAGUUGUAAAUCUAAGGCUAAACUUAGAUUUAUUUAUUCAAAUCAGAUCUUUUAUGUUUAAAUUCAAAAAAUUCUGAGGAAAAAUGUUCAAAUUUAUUCUUAGGACAAGUUUUGAUCAAAGUCAGAACUUUUGGUUUGAAGUCAAAAUUAAACUCACAUUGUGAGAUAAAGAUAAGAAUUAAUAGAAUUCAGAGAACAUAAAAUCAAUAAUAGGAAGAAAUGAUGAUCAAAUUGUCAAAAGCCAAAAGAAGUUGUAAUUGUGACAGUAUAGUUAGGAAAUUAAAGUCAGACUUUUUAGAUUAAAGUCAAAAUUAUAAUCAAAGUAUAAGGGGGAAAAACUCCAAUUCACAUGGCCCUCGUCGUUUUCUGUACGUUGAUGUGUGGUUUUCAGUUAAAAGUGUGUUUGUGUGCGAGUUAUGGACGAGUUAACGUCAUUAAUUCGUACUGCAGCAGAGCAUCAGGUCAAAGGUCAGCGCUGAACAAGUAUAUCACGUUAAUAAAAAUGAACAACGAGCUGAACAAACCUCCAUUCUUAAAUCCAGUCAGUAACGUUACAAACUAGUGUGAUAAAAGUCGUUGUAUUUCAUUAAAUGUGACUUUAAUUCUGAAUGAAUCUAUAAACACUUUAAAGUAUUUAAUGUAAUUUCUAAAUCUAAUUACUAAUCUCCAUUUUCAAAGCCUUGUUGCCAAAUCAACACAAGUUAAAAGUGUGAUGUAAUCUAAAUGCAUGCGUAAUAUUAAGAAUAAUCUUACUUUUAUACUUACCACAUGGCCAAACCUGCCAACUCAGCUGAUCACCAGCCCCUGGGUGAUGGUUGGUCGAUGCAGCUACAGCAUCAGAAAUGCAUAACUAAACUAAAACCAAGAGGCAAUCUGCUGUAAUUGGUUCUCUGAAAUUCAUUAUUUGUUUGGUCAAGUGACAAAUUUAAGCCCUAAAACUCCACGAUCCACUACCUUUUUAAUUUGUUCCCUCAAAUUCCUAUUUCUGAUUGUAAAUCGACCUGAAGUCACUAACUCUUACGUUACUGGUUUUCUUUUUCCUUAAUUAACUUGUUUGAGCUCUCAAACUCUCAAUUUAUUCCAUUAAACAUUUAAUUUUUUCCCUCAAAUUGAUAAUUUGUGCCAUCAAAUGUUCUUUCUCUCAAAAAUUUGUAUUAUGUUCCCUAAAACUGCCCUCCAAUAGGGUUGCAGUGGUUUCACUGACGAUUAUCAUACCAUGUACAUUAGCUAAUCUACAGACGGAGAAUCUCACCUGCCCAUACAGAUCUUUUUAUUUAAUUUCAAAAGAGAGACUUUUUACACAUAUUUCCAUUUAAAAAAAAAAAAAAAAAAAAAUGUUUUGUCAGAACACAAUAUUUUGUGAAAUUAUAAUAAAGCAUUCGUUCAACCACAAAAGGGUAAUUGCAACUCAAAAUAACAAUAACUUAAUAAUACUGUGAAACCGCAAUAUUUUCUGGCACGGUUAUCGGGAAACAAUCGUGAUACAGUUGGCAGCCCUGUUUGUGCACUUUUGUCCCUCCACCUUUUGUUAAACAGCGUUUUGUCUUCCGUGAUGGUUUCAGUUCUUUCACCUGAACAACGUUUACAUGAUGAAGGGAUGCUGAACUCAAAGAAAGACACGAGUCCGUUUAACGACUGUUUACCGUGUCUGUCUGUGUACGACAACAAUAGAACUGUAGGGUUUCAUACUGUAAAGAGCUGAAAGACAGCACGAACAUAAUAGUUAUCAUAUUAUCAUAGUUUUAUAUUUUUACAUUCGUGUACUCAAAAAGGCUGAGCUUCCAUUUGUCGCUAUAAUGUGAUUUAAAGUUUUAAAUGUAAAAUUUGAGUGAGUAUUUUUAGAAUUUUGUAUUGAUUAAUUUAAAGUUACGCUCUGCAUUGUUCAAAUAAUCAAUACAUACUCAAACCUGGCAGUGUUGUGCUAGUUUUUUUCCACAUUUCACAUUAUCCUUGUUGCUUCAUCUUGAUAUUUACACAUCAUUAAAUUAAUAUUCGGAUGAUUUAUUAAUUCUAAACUAAAAAAACAUGCAGAUUUAAUUUAGUUUAGUUUAAAAUAAUCAAAUAAAGUCAAAAUAUGAAAUGGAAACCAAUAAAAGCAACAAAAAGAAAUUGUUGUGUAAGACUAGAAUUUCACAUAUAUAAUUUUGAAUUUUACAUUUUAAAUUAAUAUGAAGAAAAUACACAUUUACAUUUAAAAAAUAAAAAAAUUCAAUAAAUGAUUAAUAAAAGCAGUUAAUUUGGAAAAUCUAAAAUGGUUGACAUUUAAACCAUAAGAAAAAAUUGUACACAACAAUUUAUUUUAAUCAAUUGUUGUUGAACAUAAAUUAACUUUAACUUGCAAAAGGUAAUUUUAAAUGCUGCGAAAAAUAUAUUGACCAUGAAUUUAUGAAAAACAAUAAAUAAAAAUACCCAAAAUUAAUUUUUAAAUAUAAAAAAUUAAAUACAAAAGCUAAAAAUCACAAUAAAUUGACAAGUGGAACAAGCAGUGUUUUUGAUAUGAAGCGUCCGCCAGUCACAUGUAUCAAACACGUUAUUUAAAUUACUUUUGUCUGUUUACAUAACAACUUGUUCUGUAUUAUAACUACAUACUUUAUUUUGUACGAGGAAGAGUUUAAAGACUGUUUUGAAGACAUUUAACACAAAGACAGAUAAAGAGACUGUGUGUUUGAGGAAUGUAUGACUGUUUUAACGUUAGUAACACAUUAUUUUGUCACAGUUUGACCUCUGUACCUUGUCACUGGGACUUCCGUCACACUUGGAGCUGAAAACGUGUCUCACACUUUAAUCAUCUGAUGUGUUGAUGAUGUGUUUCCUUACUCGUCAGACCCUCCUUAAAGUCACAAGACGAAAAGGAAGUUUCUGAAAAGGGAGAACAUUUCAAAUUUUACCCCCGUUAGUGAGGACACAGUCGUAGUUUGUCACGUCAACGCACUUUAAGUAAAUUAUUUUCUGUUGACCUCUGGAGUGUGAAGUGAGUGUGUGAUUGUUUGUGAGAAUGCUUGUUACAAUCUCACUGUGGUUCUUGUAAGUGUGCACGUUUUACUUUUUAAAUAAUAAAAAGACAAAUAUCA